AUGCUGACGGCUGGUGCCAUUUGCUCUUGUGAAUGCCGUUCUUGCGGCCCCUGGGCGUCGCCACUGCUCUGCAGGUACGCGCUCUGCGGCUGCCGCAUGCGACAUUGGCAUGACUUCACGGACUCUAUUGAGGGCCUCGAUUUUGAGGCAAAGUCCUUACCCAGACCAGAAGCAGUCAUCUGCCCCCAGAGGAAUGUGAAGAAGGAGUUCUUCCGCGAUCUGUUGAAGCUGGCACCCAAAGUGGAGAUUUCGGAGGACGGGCUGGAGCGGCUCUUUCAUGGACACGGCCACACGUGUGGCGAGAUAUUUGCGCUGAGACACGGGCAGCUAAAUCGCCUCCCGGAUGUUGUGCUCUACCCCAAAUGCCAUGAGGAUGUAGAAGCGAUCGUUGCGUGUGCUGUGCGGCACAACGUGUGCUUGAUCCCCUUUGGGGGAGGCACCUCCGUCACUCUAGGGCUGGCGGUUCCCGAGAACGAAACGCGCAUGGUGGCUUCCGUGUCUCUAGGAUUCAUGCAAAAGAUCUUGUCGCUAGACCGCGAUGCGCUCAUGCUGACAGUGGAAGCCGGGGCGGUCGGCGCAGUGCUAGAGUCACAGCUGCGACGCCUGGGCGUUACCUUAGGCCACGAGCCAGACAGCUUAGAAUUUAGCACCGUUGGCGGAUGGGUUGCCACCAGAGCCUCAGGGAUGAAGAAGAACGCGUAUGGAAACAUUGAGGACCUGUUGAUUGACGCAGUGAUGGUCACCCCGCGGGGAACCCUCAACCAGCGCCUAGCAGCGCCCCGAGUAUCCAGCGGCCCGUCGCUGCAGCAGUUGGUGCUUGGCAGCGAAGGAACACUCGGGAUCAUUACACAAGUUGUCCUCAAGGUUAAGCCGCUCCCAGAGCCCGCGAGCAUUCGCCUGAUGGACCAGAGGCAGACACACUGCGGUUCCCUCUUCAGAGUGAAUGAAACAGGCACUUCCGGGCUGAAGCACGUGCUGGCUGACGGGGUGAAGAAGUUCUAUCUGAGUAAGAUUAAGGGAUGGCGGGAGGAGGAUCUCUGCGGGUGCACUCUCCUGUUCGAGGGAUCAGCAGAGGAUGUGGCAUUCCAGCAGAAGAAUCUCUACAGGGCAGCCAAGCUCUUUGGGGCCCUUCCUGCUGGUGGAAAAUAUGGAGAGAGAGGCUACCAAAUGACUUUUAUGAUUGCGUAUCUCCGGGACUUCGUCAUGGACCACUAUUGGGUAUUUGAAUCAUUUGAAGCAUCUCUCGCGUGGCCACUUGUUCUCAAGUGUAGACACAAGGUGCAGGAAUACCUUUCUGCCGAAUGCAAGCGGAUAGGCAUUCGCUACCCUCCGCUCAUCAUGACGAGGCUCACGCAGGUUUAUGACGCCGGCGCCGUCCUGUACUUUUACUUUGGUUUUAACUGGGCGGGGCUUGAACAGCCCAUGCAGGCAUACAAACACAUUGAAGACGGAGCGCGCCAAGUCAUACUGGAUCUGGGCGGUAGCAUUUCCCACCAUCACGGAAUUGGAAAGCUGCGAAGGGAGUUCUUACCAAGCGUAGUGGGUGAAACAGGGUUGGUCAUGUUACGCGGAGUAAAGGCUUGCGUGGACCCGCAAAACAUAUUCGGAUGCAGAAACCUCUUUGAAACCACGCAGGUAGAAUGA